GAUAAACCUCUCCAAACCUAGGAACUAGUUAGUAUUCAACUACCAAAUCUAUUAAUAUGGUUUCUCACUGCUUUUAAUCUCUGUUGAAAGUUAAACAGUUUAUGAAUCAGUCAUUGUGCGACUAUUUCCUGUUAAUGCGCAAAGGUUUGUCGGUACUUGAACCUAUUUUAGCAACAUGGGUGACAGCGACGAUGAGUACGACCGCCGGCGCAGAGACAAGUUUCGCCGGGAGAGGAGCGACUAUGACCGCUCCAGAGAGAGAGAAGACCGAAGGAGAGAUGACUGGAAUGAUCGGCGGCCUUCGGCAAGAGAGUGGGACCGGGGCCGUGAACGCCGCAGCCGUGGCGAGUACCGUGACUACGACAGAGGAAGACGAGAGAGAUUUUCCCCUCCGCGUCAUGACAUGAGCCCGCAGCAGAAACGCAUGAGGAGAGACUGGGAUGACCAUGGAGGUGACCCAUACCACGGUGGUUAUGAUCUGGGUUAUGGUGGUGGUGGGCCCAGUUACGCCCCUCCUCAGCCAUGGGGUCAUCCUGACAUGCAUCUAAUGCAGCCACAUCAUGGUAUCCCUAUACAGGCCAGGCUGGGAAACAUCCACGAUAUGGAUCUUGGCCCUCUUCCUCCUGUGAUGAAGACCUUUAAGGAGUUCCUGCUCUCUCUGGAUGAUUCUGUGGAUGAGACGGAGUCUGUCAAACGCUACAAUGAGUACAAGAUUGAUUUUAGGCGUCAGCAGAUGCAGGAUUUCUUCCUGGCCCAUAAAGAAGAAGAGUGGUUCCGAUCGAAAUAUCACCCGGAUGAGGCUGGGAGGCGUAAAGCUGAAGCCCACAGCGCUUUGCAGAACAGACUUAAUGUCUACAUGUAUCUCAUGGACAAUGGCUGGUUUGAGUCGAUCACUCUGGACAUAGAGCGUGCUCCACAAAUCACCAAAAUUUUAGAUGCAGCUGUGAUAAAGAUGGAGGGGGGAGGAGACAAUGACCUGCGCAUCCUCGAUCAGCCGAACGAGGAAGAGGAGGAGAAAGAGAGAGAAAGGCUGUCGUCCGGAGGGCCGGGGUCUGAACCUUCCCGACGGGAUGAGCCCAGACCCCAGGAAGUUGAGCGCAAACCUUCUGCUGAAAAAGACAAGACUGGAGAAGGGGGCGAUGGGGCUGAGAAGGACACGAGUGUAUCUGCAGCAGGAAGUGAAGGAGAGAUGAAAGAAGAGACUGAACCAGCUGCUCAACCAAUCCCGGAACCUAAGAAGCUGAGUAAGAAGAGGAAGAGGAAGCACAGCGGAGACAGUGAAGAUGAAGCCAGCGCAUCAGAGAGCGAAUCUGAUUCAGACUCUGACUCAAACUCGCACUGCUCGGAGAAACCUGCCGAGAGAGAGAAAGAGCCUGCUGAAGAGGGAGAGGAAAAGGAGGAAGACAAGGAGGAAGAUGAAGAAGAAGAAGAGGGAGAAGCUGCCGACGGGAAAGAGCCGGCUGACGAGAAGCAGAACGAAAGAGAGAAAGACAAGGAGAAGAAACCAAAGGACGAUCAGCCCCCGAGACCUCGGCCUCUUCACAGGACAUGCUCUCUCUUCAUGAGAAGCAUCGCUCCAACAAUAUCUAAAGCGGAGAUUGUUGCUCUUUGUCGACGCUAUCCGGGAUUUAUGCGUGUGUGUUUGUCAGAACCACAGCCGGAGCGCAGGUUUUUCAGGCGUUGCUGGGUGACGUUUGAUAGAGGUGUGAACAUCAAAGAGAUCUGCUGGAACCUGCAAAACAUUCGGCUGCGGGACUGUGAGUUGGCUCCCGGAGUCAAUCGGGAUUUGGCGCGCCGCGUGCGGAACGUCAACGGAAUCACUCAGCAUAAGCAAGUCCUGCGUAACGACAUCAAACUGGCUGCCAAAUUGAUCCACGCCCUGGACGAUAGAGAAAAUCUCUGGUGUGACAAACCACGAGAAGAGAUGCCCACUUUGGAGCUUCCAGCUCAGAAUCCAAUUCUGAAGAACAUCACAGAUUACCUCAUUGAGGAAGUGAGCGCUGAAGAGGAGGAGCUUCUGGGCAGUGUGGGCGGAGCUGAAUCUGAGGAGGCAGCUAAAGAAGGAAACCCUACUGAGAUUACUGUGGAAAGAGAUGAUAAACUUGUCACGGUGCUUGAUCGUCUGCUCUUUUACCUGCGUAUCGUACACUCUAUUGAUUAUUACAACACCUGCGAGUACCCGAGUGAGGACGAGAUGCCCAACCGAUGCGGCAUCAUCCACGUCCGCGGACCAAUCCCCCCUAACCGCAUCUCUCACAGAGAGGUGGCAGACUGGCAGAAGACAUUCGAAGAUAAAAUGGGACACCUGUUCAGUGUGAAGGAAACUUUAUCUGAAGACGAGGCGGGAAAAAUGGGCCGCAAAGACCCAGAGCAAGAAGUGGAGAAGUUUGUGUUGGCCAAUACGCAGGAGCUGGGCAAAGAUAAGUGGCUUUGUCCACUCAGUGGUAAAAAAUUCAAGGGCCCAGAGUUCGUGAGGAAACACAUUCUCAACAAACACGGCGAUAAGAUCGAGGAAGUAAAGAAAGAGGUCGUGUUUUUCAACAACUUUCUGAUGGAUGCAAAAAGACCUGCAAUCCCAGAGAUGAAGCCUCCACCCCUUCCAGGUCCCGGACAGGGAGUGCUGUCACCAGGAGCUCUUCCAUUCCCACCCCAGGGUCCUCAAGGUUUAAUGGGGUUUGGCCAACCAAGACCUCCAGUGAUGGGCUACGGAGGUGGUCCACCUUAUCCCCCCAACCAGUAUGGUGGAGGAGGCAGAGGUAACUACGACAACUUUCGUGGACAAGGCGGUUAUCCCGGGAAACCGCGGAACAACCGAAUGAUGCGCGGGGAUCCUCGUAAUAUCAUUGAAUAUCGCGAUUUAGACGCUCCAGAUGAUGUGGACUUCUUUUAGAGCUUCUUUUAAUUCUUCACAUUUUAAUCUUCGUGUUUUUUUUACAGUUAUCAUCUUAUGUUUGUGCAUUCAUUCCAGAAACGGCCCAUCUCUGUCCUGUGUAUGUUGUGUACACUGUGUUAUGGAGUGGGCUUGUGGGCCGUUUUCUUUUUGCUUCCAAUAAAAAGUUUAUUUGGAUUUCA